GCAGCAGCAGCUUCAUCCCGCUGACCGACACCGACCUCCUGCUCGUAUCCAGGCACGGACGCCGGAGCCCGGCCUCGUUCCUCUGAAUCCCCGCGGCUCCGUCUCGAGCGGAGCGAACGAAGAUAAUACCGCGGAGGAGGAAGAGGAUGAAGAGGAUGAAGAUGAGGACUGUGAGCAGCUAAGAGCCGCGGAGCAUCGCGCUCCGAUGCAGCAGGAGAGUCGCCAUUGUUUGGAUGCGCAGCAGACUGAGACCGAGAGCCCGGAUUAGAGCCUUCGUUCGCCGCGUCGGACACCAUGCUUCCCCCGCUGCUCCUCGCCCUCUGGAUGCUCGGCCUCACCCGGAGCUCCUGGGCCUUUCAGGCCUCUCUGGACCAGGAGGGUCUGAUCGUGGCUCGGCUCGAGCACUCCGACCUGCGGGCCAACGUGUCGGCGUACGGCGUUCAGCUGUCCGGGGAGCCGCGGCUGAUCCUGGGUCAGUUCGUGAACGUCAGCGAGCCGCUGAGGUUCAACACCUCCCUCCACGGGUUGUGCUACGUGGUGGGACUGCUGGUCCGCCUGGGACAGAGCUGGUCCCGACCCAUCAGGACGGUGCCGGUGCUCACCAAGCCACUUCCUGUCCACACGGUCGACAUCUCAGACCUCAAGGAGUCUCCAGAGACCGGCGUGGUGUUCCACAUCGAGUCUCCAGCAGGAAACGUCUUCAGCAGAGUAAACAUCGGCUACACGGAGGGCGCGGAGCGGCGCUCCAUGCUCUACAAAGAUUUCUACAAAGGAAAGACGGUGUUCAAGCACUGGUUACCGGGCGUGUGUUACCGUAACAUCACCUUCCAGCUGGUCUCGGAGGUCACGGUGUACCAGACGGCCCUGGUGACACACAGUGACAUCACACACUCACCUGUGCACCACCGGACAGUGCCCUACCCCCCCCUCAACAUUUCCCAUAAGAUUGUCCACCUAACGCAGAGGACAGGUGAAGCCGCUGACGCGGCCCCUCCUGAGGGGGAAAGUUGGGGGAAAAGAGCCUUCCGUCAGGGCCGGGACGUCCCGCUGAUGGAGGAGCAGCAGGAGCAGCAGGAGGAGCAGGAGGAGCUGCGGCCGGCUACGCGUCUUCCCUUCAGCCCAACGCUAAACCAGACGACGGGCACGCCGAGCUCCUGGCCGGACCCGACAGCCCCCCUCGACGGGGAGGAGGAGUUUGUGAACGCGGUGGUGCCGGAGUACGAGGACUCCAAUGAGUCCGGCUCGGCGAUGGGCCUCCUCCCCGAAGCCUCCGUCCGGCCCACAGCGCUUCCCCCUGUCCUGCUCGAGCUGCGCUGGCUGCCGCCCAGAGCCCCCACCAGCUAUGAUGGGUUCAACGUGUACAUCUACAGAGAAGGUAACUCCACAGAAACAGCCACAGUGGAUGAAAACACGCAUGACUUUUUCACCGAGCUCACAGAGCAGGGAACAUACCGUGUCCUGGUAACCACGUUUAGCUCCACCGGGGACUGUGAGGCCCGGGAAAGCACCGCCGACAGCGGCUUCACCUUCUAUCUCGGUCCUGCAGGCGAACUAAUGGAGGAGCUCCGUCAGCGCCCUCAGGCCGUCUCCGUCAGGCUGCUGGACUCCAGCACCGCGGUGGUCUCUUGGGCUCCGUCCUCGGAGGAGCACAACGGCAGCGUGGUGUCGGUGGUCUCGACCACCUGCCUCCGCCCGAGCCCCACCCAGAGGAUGGAGAGCACGUACUGCAGCGAGGAGAACUCCACCAGUGACAUCAUCAGUCACCUGACCCCUGGGGCGCAGUACCGGGUGGUGGUCUAUCACAGCAACGGCCCCCUGACGAGCCCCCCCUCCGAACCCGUCAUCAUCGACAUUGAGCCCACCGGGGUGCUGCAGCUGGUCGUGUACCCUCUGGGCCCCUCGGCCGUGGUGCUCAGCUGGCAGCGUCCGUACCAUGUGACCUUCAGGAAGUACGUCCUGCAGACCUUCUUCUUCAACCCCGUCACCCUGACGUCCGAGUGGAGCACCUACUACGAGAUCGCCGCCACGGCCUCCGUCAUCGCCUCCGUGAGGGUCACGGAUCUGCUGCCGGCGUGGUACUACAACUUCCGCGUUGCCAUGGUGACGUGGGGCGACCCGCCGCUCAGCUGCUGCGACAGCUCGACGGUCAGCUUCGUUACAGCACCAGAGGCCCCUCACAUCUCCUCUGUGGAUUACUCUCACGGCCUCCUGUUGGUGCGCUGGACCUACGGAGAGCUCUUCAUCGACCUCUCGCACUCCAGGAUGCUGCACUGGACGGUGGUCGCUAUCGGCAAGAAGGGGGCCGAGAGGAGCUACUCCAUGGACGUGACUCGUAACGUGAUGCAUGCCAGCCUCCCGCUGCCGCCAGGUGACAUCUAUAACCUGACGGUGACGGCCUGCACGGAGCGCAGCAGCAACACCUCCACCCCCUCCAUCAUCAAGCUGGAGCCGGCUGCCCCGCGGGCGGUGCUGGCUGUGAACACCACCCACUCUGCGGUGACGCUGCUGUGGAGCGAGGAGGGGGUGGUGGACUACUUCCAGGUGCUCUGUAGAGCCACAGGGCCGGGGCGGAGGGCGAAGACCCCCGAGCCUCAGACCUCCACCUCCCACGUCAUCACCGUCUCUGGCCUGACGCCCUCCUCCACCUACAACUGCACCAUCACCAGCUUCAGCUACAGUACCGCGAGCAAGCCGGCCCACGUCACCAUCAGCACGGCCGCUAAGGAGAUGAACCCGAGCGUAGCCGCCAUCUCGGCUCUGGCUGUCCUCAGCGUCCUCGUCCUCAGCCUCCUGCUUCUGUUCCUGCUGGUCCUCCGGAGGAAGCACCUCCAGAUGACCAGAGAUUGCGGCGCGGAGACUUUCGUGAAUUUUGCCUCGUUUGAAAGAGACGGGAAGCUUCCGUAUAACUGGCGAAGAAGCCUCUUUGCCUUCCUUACCCUACUGCCAUCCUGCCUUUGGACUGACUAUCUUUUGGCUUUUUAUAUUAAUCCCUGGAGCAAGACAGCUUUAAAGAAACGGAAGCUAACAAGUCCUGUGCAGCUGGACGACUUCGAUGCGUAUUUCAGAGAGAUGAGCAAAGACUCCGCCUACAAGUUCUCUCUGCAGUUUGAGGAGCUGAAGAGCGUCGGUCUGGAUCUUUCCCAUGAUGCAGCAGACCUGCCCGUCAACAGGCCCAAGAACAGAUACACCAACAUCCUGCCAUACGACUUCAGCCGCGUGAAGUUGAUGUCGAUGCACAACGAUGAAGGUUCAGACUACAUCAACGCCAACUACGUUCCUGGAUACAAAAACGCAAACGAGUAUAUUGCCACUCAGGGUCCGCUGCCAGAGACUCGCAAUGAAUUCUGGAAGAUGGUUCUUCAGGAGAAAUGUCCCCUGGUGGUCAUGUUGACUCAGUGCACCGAGCGGCGCAGGGUGAAGUGUGAUCACUACUGGCCCUUCACGGAUGAACCCGUGAUGUACGGAGAGAUCAGCGUGGAGAUGCUCUCUGAGUCAGAGUCUCCGGAGUGGACCAUCAGGAAGUUCAGACUGGGAUAUGCCGACCAGUCCCAGGACGUCCUACACCUGAACUACACCUCGUGGCCCGACCACGGCGUCCCCACGGUCAACGCCAUCGAGAGCAUCCUGCAGUUUGUCCACAUCGUCCGUCAGCAGGCCAGCCGGACCAGAGACCCCGUGGUGGUCCACUGCAGCGCUGGAGUGGGCCGGACCGGGACCUUCAUUGCUCUGGACCGCCUCAUGCAGCACAUCAGGGAACACGAGUUCGCUGACAUUCUGGGGAUGGUGUCGGAGAUGAGAUCCCAUCGCCUGUCCAUGGUCCAAACCGAGGAGCAGUACGUGUUCAUCCAUCAGUGUGUUCUGCUAAUGUGGCAAAAGAAGAAGCAGCAGUCCGUCUCCUCCGACAUGGUCUACGAGAACGCCAGCAAGACAUAAUGGUGGAGGCUCCUCCAGACGAGAGCUUACCCGAGGCUGCGACGUCACCUCCGGAGCUCCGGGCCUCCACCCUCUGCAGCAGCAGAUACGCUUCAUCAUCACAAUCACAGAGAUGGAGCAGAACAUCAACUAAAGUAAUGAAAAGGAUCCAGUUUAGUUCAGAAUCUGUUUGGAGCGCCGUGAUGGAGCCAACCGACAUGUUCGUGAUUGGACGUCUACACCGGGUCCGUCCUCGCGGACGCCUUGCAGGCGGCGCAGCCACCGACUUCUUUCUGUUCUUAGAUUUUUUUUUAAAUCUCAGGAGUAGUUGAUAGGAACCCAGCGAGCACACUCUUCUCGAACCUCUUCAUUGGAUACUUUUAUUUCAUCUGAUAGUCGAUGACCUUCUCGCGACUCUAAUCUGCUGUAAUCUGCUCCGACACGCUAACAAACUGCCACGACCACACGAGCGUCCCACGAGGAGGGAAAACUACAAACACACUAAGCACUAAGUUGAACCAUCGAUUUCGCUUUUUUCAUUCAACAUUAACAACAUUAACGAAGGCUUCGACGUUUGUAAACUAAAAUGUAGAAUUUGUCAUUUGAAGACAAUUUUCCAGUCAAUCAAUGAAGUAUUUUGGUACAGAUUUCACAAAAUGCUUCUCGACUUUUUAUUCCGUCCGUCAAAUCCAACCCGCUGAAUGUUUGCUGGGUCGUCAUGACAACAAGAGAGAGAGUCGAGGAAACAAACGCUUUUCGUGUGGAGACGCUGGUUCCUCAGAGGGAGAGAAAACAACAACAAACAAACACACAGUGGAUCACAUCUGGAUCACAUCUGGAUCACAGCUGAAGACGUGAUUCAUUUGGACAAACGGCCAAAACCCCAGAGAAAUUAAAAAUCUAAAUGUUCUGCUUCUCUUCUGCCAAAACCUUUCUUCUAUCGAAUUAUUGAAAUAUAAAAAGGUGUAAAUGUGAACUUUAAAUCAUAAAGAUAAAAUUGGUUUCCGGAUUCUUAAGGUUUGAUUCCUACUGUUCCCGGCUCAAAAGUUUAAAAAUCACCAAAAUACUAAACUUUAGUGAGAAAUUAUUUUGCUUUUUCAGCCCCUGUAAAUUUGAGAUUUUAAAUUUAGAAAUUUGUGGAAUUGCUCCGAAAAAUAGAGACAAUUGUGUCAACUCACUUUACAAAUUACAAAUAACAUUUAUAACGUACAUAUAACAAUGCUUGAAUAAAAAGUGUUCCCAUCAUAAUUUAACGUUAAGGUGACUUUUUGUACUGAACCAUAAUUGGGGUACGCAUCAUUGCGAUACUCAAAUAUGCGUUAAUACCCCAAAUGUUAUUUUAUCCUUAGAAUUGGAUACCGCCAAAUUUAGUCCAAUUUAGUUUUGAUGAGUCCUCCCUCGAGAGCUUCCGAAACCUUAACACCAACAAAUUAGUUUAAUGCUCCAAAUACCAAAAAAUUGGGUUGUGCAACUAAAUUUGUAAUUUAAAAAAAUGUGUUAAUGAUGUAAAAAGCAGAUUUUGUCGUGUAUUAUUAUUUUUUCUUUAAUUACCGCCAAUAUUUGGUGUAUUUUCAUUUGAGUUGAUUUGAAAAUUCCACCAAAAUGCUGCAGCAAUGUUUCUGGAUAAAGAAGGCUCUCUAGUGAUUUCAUAAAUCAGUGAAUGUUAAUGGUAUAAAAUGAACAAAGAAUCACAUAUUCGGGCAGAAUAUUUGUCUUAAAAGCAGGAAUAUUGUACCAAUAGUAGUUGUCAAGUUGUUUUCUUUCGAGAUCCAUUUAUUUACACUUCUUCAGUCAUUUCUCAUAUUUCUACUCCACAUUUCUCACUUCCUUGAUGACUGUAGAGAAUGUUUAGCCAACAGGAAGUUCAGGUGUCGCCAAAAUAAGAGCAGAGAUUUCAAGUGUUGCCAAACUAGGAGAGUUCCAUGUUAUAAGGUCAACUUUCUAAAAGUCCCUACAGUUUAAGUUUAUGUUCAAUAUGUUUAAGUAGAUAUUUAGUUCCUUAUUAAAACACUGCUGUGUAUAUACUCUGCAAAGUAAGUAAGAUGACUUUACUGAAUCUAAAUACACAUCAUCGCAAUAGUUUAAUUCAAAAUGACUACACGUUAAUUAAAAGAUUAGUUUCUAAUCUUUUCAACAGUAGGCUAUAAGAGUUAGCUAAAUUGAAUUAGAAAUAAAAUGAGAUUUCAAAGAAUAAAUUCUAUUCAACUAUUAGAAACAGUUUGACUACAAAUUUUAACUAGUAAGUAAGUAAAGAUGAUUUUAAAGAAAGAUUUGUGCGAAAAGCUGCCUUUUCUUCUGAAGUCUUUUAUCUUUGUGCUUAUCUCUAAAUAAAACACCACAAUUACUUUAUGAACCUAAAUCUUUUUUUCUAAAUAUAUCGACACCUUAAACUCUAAAAUCUAAUUUUAAAAAACAAUGUGUCCAAUUUGUAAAAUAAAUCAAAUGGAAGAAAUCACUGAAUGUGUGAAAAGGGAGGCGAGGCCUUUUGCCUCCCCCCUCCCCUCCCCGGUAUCAGACGUACUGUACAUACUUGUACACUUGUACCCACUUGUGUUUGUCGUCACUACAAAGAGCUUCUCGUGGAUUUGUUGCUUUUGAGGUUCUUGUUGUUGCUUUUUUAAGUUGUCGUGAUUGUGAAUCAUCGUCCAGGCGACUCGUUCUCGUGCAUUUGUGUCACAACGUUUGAAGGUCGACUGUUGUCAUGGAGAUUUAAUGUUUUCGUGUCGCAAUGAAAUAAAAAAAAGUUCCAGUUA